CUCCAUCAGAAACUAGUUAAGAAAAUUCCGCAGAAGAAGUGGGUCUGAUGCAUGUCACCUUCCGAGGCGCAAAAUAAAGACCUCUCUGGGCGCAGUUUGGAGGACGGCUGUCAGUUCGCGGUGCAUCCUGGGGUUCUGCAUCAUUUCGCCCAUCGAGGUCUAAGAGGCAUUAAAAAGUUGUGUUUGUCAGUGUUUGGACUGAACUUGUUUUGGUGUGCGCAAUGAUGGCCACUUAUCAAAACCCGGAGGAUGACGCAAUGGCGUUGAUGAUCCACGAUACCAACGCGACCAAAGAGAAAGAGCGACCCAAAGAGGAGCCGGUCCAGGACAAAGUCACGGAGAAGCCGGACCCGUCCCAGAAACCACCAUACUCUUAUGUCGCUCUCAUAGCCAUGGCCAUACGGGAGAGCUCCGAAAAGCGCCUCACUCUGUCCGGUAUUUACCAAUACAUCAUCAGCAAAUUUCCCUUCUACGAGAAGAACAAAAAGGGUUGGCAGAACAGUAUCAGACACAACCUGAGUCUCAACGAAUGCUUCAUUAAGGUCCCACGGGAAGGCGGCGGUGAGAGAAAAGGGAAUUACUGGACCCUGGACCCGGCCUGUGAGGACAUGUUCGAAAAGGGGAACUACAGGAGAAGGCGCCGGAUGAAACGGCCGUUCAGACCUCCGCCGACGCACUUCCAGCCAGGGAAGUCCUUGUUUGGAGGCGACGGCUAUGGCUAUCUGUCACCACCCAAGUACCUGCAGUCUAGCUUCAUGAACAACUCUUGGUCCCUGGGCCAGCCGCCCGCUCCGAUGUCCUACACGUCCUGUCAGAUGGCCAGCGGCAACGUGAGUCCCGUUAACGUGAAGGGUCUGUCCGCCCCCUCCUCUUAUAACCCCUACUCUAGAGUGCAGAGCAUGGCGCUGCCCAGUAUGGUGAACUCUUACAACGGCAUGAGCCACCAUCACCAUCCCGCACAUCCCCAUCAUGCGCAGCAGCUGAGCCCGGCCACCGCCGCACCGCCCCCGGUCUCCUCCAGUAACGGAGCCGGACUUCAGUUCGCUUGCUCCCGCCAACCCGCGGAGCUCUCCAUGAUGCACUGCUCUUACUGGGAACAUGAGACCAAACACUCGGCGUUACACACGAGGAUUGAUAUUUAAAGUUUACCGAAUGGUGUGCGUAAAAUGGGGACUCUUUAACGAGAGUGUGAGUUAAUUCCUGUGAUUUCCAUACAGAACCAAGACUAUUUGUGAAGAGACGAUUCUGACGGGCUGUUUGGGUCCAAGCUGACACCCAGAAAUGCCGUCGGGGAGGUAUGGCUCCAACUGAUUUAGAGAAAAAUGGAAACUGGAGGUAAAGGAGAUACCAGGACGCAACAGGUAGCACAAAUUCUGGGAGCCAUUUCACGCGCCUGUGUUACACUUGGACUGGUGGCCAUAAUUUGAUAAUAUAAUCAAAAUUGUGACAUGAAAAACUUUUCAUUCUGACUGGGAUAGACAUUGCUGACAUUACUUAGUUGUGUGUUAUCGGCAUGCGUAAUGAUUCUUUGAAACUUACGCACGGCUUGUCCUGUUACCAAAUGAACCGUGAACGCAAAAUGCCCUAAUUAUGUCAGUGCUUUAAUAUGUAAUUGAAUCAGAGAUCAUUUGGCCAUCUUACUAACUUGUAUGGAGAUACUUCACCUAUGCCAUGGCCGUUACAAAGGUAGGGUGGGGAUCCAUAAGACUGCCAAAAAAUACUAUUCAGGGUUUUUUUUUGUUUGUUUGUUUCAUUUCUUGAUCCCAUGUGCAUGUAUAAUUUCCAAGAUGACAUCACACCGUGCCAGGAUUUGUUUAUCUUUUUAAUUAUUAUUUUUUUUAUAAACGUGAUUAGUAAUGUCUCAUUCAUGUUGGGGCCAUGUUUCAUUUUACUUAGCACUUUUCCCUCUUUUCUAGGUUUGUGAAUUUCUUAAUAAACUUGUAUUUCUUAAAGUAA